CGGAAUUGGGGGUGAAGCUCAAGCGCUGUGCCCACAUUCGGGGCGCGCGGAGCAGAGGGGUCCCUGGGGGACGCCCGGAGCUAAGAUGGCGUCCGCAGCCGAGGGGGACAUGGAAGCGGAGCUGACGAGGGGGCUGCGGUGGGAUUUCCAAGACCUGAGCCUUAACAAGUUGGCGACGUCCCUGGGCGCGUCAGAACAGGCGCUGCGGCUCAUCAUCUCCAUCUUCCUAGGUUACCCCUUGGCUUUAUUUUAUCGGCGUUACCUUUUCUACAAGGACAGCUACCUCAUCCACCUUUUCCACACCUUUACGGGCCUCUCAAUCGCUUAUUAUAACUUUGGAACCCAGUUCUACCACUCCCUGCUCUGCAUCUUGCUGCAGUUCCUCAUCCUCCGGCUGAUGGGCCGAACUGUCACCGCUGUGCUCACCACCUUCUGCGUCCAAAUGGGCUACCUUCUGGCCGGAUAUUACAGCACAGCCACCGGCACCUAUGACAUCAAGUGGACGAUGCCACACUGUGUCCUGACCUUGAAGCUGAUCGGUCUGGCCAUAGACUACUAUGACGGAGGGAAGGAUCAGAAAUCCUUGUCCUCCGAGCAGCAGAUAUACGCCAUACGGGGUGUCCCCUCCCUGCUGGAAGUCGCCGGCUUCUCCUACUUCUAUGGAGCCUUCCUGGUGGGGCCCCAGUUCUCCAUGAACCACUACAUGAAGCUGGUGCGGGGAGAGCUGACCGACAUCCCAGGGAAGAUACCAAACAGCACCAUACCUGCUCUCCGGCGCCUGGCCCUGGGCCUGGUCUACCUAGUGGGCUACACCCUGCUCAGCCCCCACAUCACCGAAGACUAUCUCCUCAGCGACGACUACCACAACGGCAGCUUCUGGUUCCGCUGCAUGUACAUGCUGCUCUGGGGCAAGUUCGUGCUGUACAAAUAUGUCACCUGUUGGCUGGUCACGGAAGGCGUGUGCAUUCUGACGGGGCUGGGCUUCAAUGGCUUCGAUGAGUAUGGGACAGCCAAGUGGGAUGCCUGUGCCAACAUGAAGGUGUGGCUCUUUGAAACCAACCCCCGCUUCACGGGCACCAUUGCUUCUUUCAACAUCAACACCAACGCCUGGGUGGCCCGCUACUUCUUCAAACGACUUAAGUUCUUGGGAAAUAAGGUUCUGUCCCAGGGCCUCUCGCUGCUCUUCCUGGCGCUCUGGCACGGCCUGCACUCGGGGUACCUGGUCUGCUUUCAGAUGGAGUUCCUCAUUGUGAUCGUGGAGCGACAGGCUGCCAGCUUGAUUCAAGACAGCCCAGUCCUGAGCAGGUUGGCCUCCAUCACCGUCCUGCAGCCCCUCUACUAUCUGGUGCAGCAGACCAUCCACUGGCUCUUCAUGGGUUACUCGAUGACCGCUUUCUGCCUCUUCACAUGGGACAAGUGGAUGAAGGUGUACAAGUCCAUUUAUUUCCUUGGCCAUGUCUUCUUCUUGAGUCUACUAUUCAUAUUGCCUUACAUCCGUAAAGUGAUGGUGCCGAGGAAAGAGAAGUUGAAGAAAAUGGAGUAAUCCCUGGUGGCCCACUGCAGGACUGGCACACCAACGACCCGCCUCCCUUCGCAGCACUCCUCUGCCCUGGAGCACAGAGAACCAGAAGCCAGGGUGUGGGAAGACGGGGCUCCCCAGCUGUGCCUCUGCCGCCGGCCACGUCUCCAUUUGGGGCCAAAGGGGAAACUCUCAUGGGAGGAGCAGAGGGGCCCAGGUCCCUCCUCUGGGCUCCCCCAUGCACGUUGCCUUAUCUCUUCCCCCUCUAGCGAGGAACUUGUGUGUUUCUUCUGCCAAUUUACUAUGAUUGUAUCCAUGCUGCUGCCUCCCCCCCCCCCAUGGGGGGAAGGGAGGGGCAAGGCCCUGCCUGCCCCACUUUUCUACCUUGGACUGACUGUACCACAUAAAAUCACUUCAGUUUGUUUGGUUUUUCA